GGUGAAUAUGAGGUGACUCAAUGUGUCUACACUAACUCUAUUGAGAAUACAUUCUUGGCUAUUGCGUCUAUGAACUUAACAUCACAGAGCUUUACACCUACACAAAACAAAUCGCAAUAUCAAAUUCCUAUGAAUGCCAUAUCCUUGUUUAUUUGUGCAGGAUGCUUCGAUUUAUUAUUGAUUUCCAAAGAAAAAGACUCGAGAGAAUUUCAACACCUGUCGCAGAUCAUGCUAUAGUUCAUGGGUACCAACAAGCUUCGACUGAAGUGGAAGAAUCUCAUAGAAAUCUUCUAUUUUUCCACAAAAUCAAGACCAUCUCGAAGAAGUUGUUUUCCAAGGUUUCUAGUUCGCCAUUGAAUCAUAACUUGGGCACAGAUACUACAAGUGCUGGUAAAGUACAGAGUAAUGGAGAAGUUCUCCAUGAUGAUCAGUCGUGGGAGGACGAUGAAAGGAUGUUUAAUAGAUUUCAAGACUUACCGAUUGAGUUAAGACUUGACAUUUUGGAAUUGUAUCUCGAAGAACCACGGAUUACGACAUUGAAUUUCGUUUCAUCUGAUCUUCUACAACAUGAUCACAUGUUUGGAAAACGCUUUCGUCUCACUUGCGGCUCCUUGCCUCCAAUAUUAUGCCUCAAUCAUGAGUAUCGGAAUCUAUUUCUUGACAGGUUCACCAAGCCAGGAAUAACAAGAUCGCAGACAACUUUGAGCAUUGAGGAUGCAUUAAAAUUAAUCGACAAUGAAGAACGUAAUACAGCCUUGCGUGAUUCAUUCAACGAUGGAUCACCUAGUGCGUUUCCGAUAUAUUCAACGCGCACGCAAAGAAACAUAAUUUACGACCCUGAAGAUGUCAUCUGGAUCCAAGGGGACUUUUGGCUCGACGAACUGCGAAGAUCAGCACUUGCUCGCUCAACCUUUCACAAUCUGAAAUAUCUCGCGAUUCCAUAUAAAACAAGGCGGAAAUCUCUUUUCGAGCUGGAAGACAUGUUGAACUUCCUCGGUUGCAUCAUCUCAACGUUUGCAAAUCUCAAGGGCCUCAUCUUGGUAUUGGAAGUCGAAGAUGUGGUACCGGAGAGACCAAUCUACAACGGUGAAAUUCAUUUUUAUGCCCCGGAAAAAAUUCGAAUGGUCUCAGGUGUUCCUCAGAAUGUCUCUGCUAAAUCCCGGGAAACUCUCUCGUCACGUUGGAGGAAGACAUUAGGCAAGCCAGUAGCAUCGCCAGAAGUACAAUUUCACACUGAAUACUGGUCGGCAAGACUAUUAGCAUCAGAUGCAUGGCACAUACUAGACUACAUUAAAGCGCGUGCUAUUAACGCUGGGAAUCGAGGCUUAUCUGUUACUCCCUGGAAAGAUCCAAGCGAAGUAGCAAAAUGGGAAAUACCGUUCAUUCAAGUGGUUACUGCGGGUCUGAGUACAUCCAAAGGCGAAAGAGAUAUAGUGCCCACAAUCAGAUUAGAGAACUGGCUCGAGGAAUAGGAGCAUGGGUUUUGGUGCUCGGAAAUAUUUGUACAAACACGGGUUUACUUCAUUCAUGCUGUGGCUGCGGCCACAAUAGCUUCUGUAUUUAACUGAUCCAUGCGAUCUUCAUAUCAGAAAACGAUAGGGUAGUCACAUACGUCUGCGAGACAUUCUGGCAAAUGAAAAGGUUUUA